AGUUGCAAGGAAGUGAAGAAUGAAGGCUUGCAAGCGUGAAAAAAAUUCCGUUCUUGUUUAGGUUAGGUUUUAUUACAUCUGCGCAUGCCACGGUAACUUGGAUGGCAGAUUGCAUCGUUGGUCGGUCCUGACAGUCUUGGCAGAGUAAUAAUAUCGAUGGUACUAAUGGCCCUUCAAUCAGCGGAAAAUGUAUCGGCUCGCCCACUGUGGCAGCAUUUAUGCUUCGUUGAAUGUGCAAACUGAUAAUAACAACGGUAAACAGCGAAUAUCCUCAGAAUAAAACCGCUGACGAAGACGAACUGACGGCAAUGCAAAUUGACGGAAUGAUGAACAAAAUGAGCUCUUCAAUCUCAUAUAGGGAACGCCUUCGGCGUAAUGAACAUGGCUACCUUGUCCUAGAGAACAGAGAAUGUCGCCAGGUCCACAUUCUUUACGACGUGAAACAGAAACCGAGAAAAUGGCGAGGGAGAAUACGGGUGAAAUAAUGGCAAUACCUAGGGUAUUUCACAGCAGUUUUGUUUAUGCUACGAAAAUAAUUUUAAAUUUUAAAUUUCUUCAUGCGGGCAAAAUCCGCCCCAUGUUGAAAAAUAAUUAGAUGACAAGUGAGGACUUAAUAAAAACACCAAACAAGAUUAUGUCACAAUAAAUGAAGUGUACGAAGCAAGAAUAUUUUUGAAGAAUGAACUUGCAUGCUUAAAUUCCUGUUUCUGGUAUCUUUGUGUACACACAAGAAAAAUUUGAAACAAGGAAGGUAAAUUUUUUUCAUUAAGAAUGGGUGCUUAAUGUAGGAUUUAAGCAAAAUGCAUAAAGUCUCUAGUUGUUUCAGCAGCAUCAGGCUCUUCUCAGGUCAUAACUUCAGCAUUCAAGGCCAAUGUUAACUAGGUCUUCUUAGUUACAGCAAUCUCAGAAAUCAUCACAGACUGUCAGUAUGCUGCCACCGUCAUCAUCCUAUACGGAACGGGAGAAGGCACAAGAAGAGCUAAAAAGGAAUAUUGUUGAGUAUAGAGCCUUUUUGGAAUCUCGUGAUUUCAUAAAGGCAAAUACUCAAUGGAGGAAAGUUCAAGAUAGGCUGGAGGAUGAUGAGAGAUGCUCAAGACUGGAUAUAACAGACCGGUUGGAGAUUUUCCAGGAGUAUAUACGUGAUUUGGAGAAGGAAGAAGAAGAAGAAAAGAUUCAAAAGGAUCAAUUGCGCCGAAAGGAACGUAAAAAUUGGGAUGAAUUUCGAAGAUUAAUGGAGGAUCAUAAGGCCACUGGCCUGCUUACAGCAAAGACACACUGGCUUGAUUGCUUUGCCAAGGUCAAGGACCAUCCUGCUUAUCUUGCCAUGGCUUCAAACACAUCUGGUUCACCGCCCAAGGAUUUGUUUGAAGAUGCUGUUGAAGAGAUGAAAAAGCAGGACCAGGAGGAAAUAGCAAACAUAAAAGAUGCUUUGAAGGCAGGAAAGUACACAGUAACAUCAGAAUGGACUCUUGACAAGUUCAAAUCCUCCAUUGGUGAAGUAUAUGAUUUGGCUGCCGCAUCUAAUACAAAUCUUAAGCUUGUGUUUGAAGAACUGCUUGAACAAGCAAAGGAAAAGGAAGAGAAAGAAGGAAAAAAGAGGCAAAGACUGGCAAAUGAUUUCAUGGAUUUGCUUUAUUCUGUGAAGGAAAUUGUUGCUUCCUCAAAAUGGGAGGAUUGCAUACCUUUGCUCAAAGAUGCCCAAGUGUACAGAGCAAUUAGUGAUGAAAGCUUCUGUCGGGAGAUAUUUGAUGAGUACAUUGCACAUCUUCAAGAAAAGGUCAAGGAAAAGAAACGCAAACGUGAUGAAGAAAAGUCGGAUGAUCGGGGAAAGACACCAUCAUUAGAGGGGAGCAUCCAUAGGGAGGUGCAGCCACUAUUAUGCGAUAAUGACAUCGCAUAUUCCGCAAACCUUCUGGAAAUGAUAAGGAAGACCCAAAAAAAAUGCAAUGAAGAAAUCCUUCAAUUGUUAUUUAUAGUGCCUCAAACAGAUGAGAUAAGAGAAAAGGAUUUUUUGCGUCCUCAUGAUGCUGCUGGCCAUGAUCAGGGUACUGGAGGUGCUACUCGGAGAGUAGGGUUUGGUACAAGUGUCGAUCCUAAUGUUCUUGCGCGUACAUCACAUCAUCCGACACCAUCAUUUGUGCCUAUAUUGUCGACAUUUCUGUCGACAACACUUAGCAUGCAGGCAUUGCAUAGUGCACCCUCUGGCAGUGAACAUAUACCAGAACAUGCGUCAAGCCAUGUACCUGGGGAUGCAAAGGCCACUAUUAGUGGUGAUAUUAUAGUAGCAUUUCCUGGAUCUUCCCGUAUUACUAGUACAGGAACAUUGCCGGUCACAUUUGUGGUGACCGAGGAUUUUGUUCCCAUAAAGAACGAGAAGGUCCUAGGAAAUGACAUUUUCUAUAAACAUCUAAAUGAUAUUACAUUGGAGAUCUUCGGGCCCACCAUACGUACAGGGUGGAAUGCCCAAAAUCAAGAUUUAAAAGAUGAGCUCAUUAACCGUUUAGUUUUGUUGUUUGGUAAUAACACAUUCAACCGAACCAAGGUCCUUAAGAAUGCCUGUAGCUAUCUGAAGGAUGCGAGGCACUGA